UAAUUGCCCCAAAAAAGCACUUUAUUGGCCCAAAACGUAACACUUAUUCAAGAGUGUUUCUUUCUCGUCCAAUUUAUGCACUCGCGCUGGCGUAAUUCCGCCCUGAAUGCGACCCUGGUCGUGUCUAACAUCUUGGCGGACUCACACAUUUCCCGCGCCUUUGCCACGCUGUUGGUGUGCAGCGCGCGCAUGGUUUGGCGCUAUUUGUAUUUUCCGCGGAGACUGCCAGUUGUGGACGCAGUUCUGACGCUGGUGGGUGACUCUCGAGUGGCCAGAAGGAGUCCCAAGUGUCUCUGGCAGUGUGAGUCGAGCCAUUUGGUGCUUCACAUGUGAUUUGUGCAGCUGAGAAGAGGCGACAGAAGCUCUUCCAACUGCAUAGUGUUAUGCAAAAGUGACUAACACACUUUCCCAAUUGAUUUGGCCACAUUUUCCCUACAGACUGUGUCGCCGCCGUGUUCCUUUGUGCGCCAGUGAGACAAAGACGAAGGGCUUCGGUGAAAGACGGCCAAGAAAAUUGCCAGCUGACAACUUGUUGUGUACGAUAAAUCCGUGUCAGAAGAGGAAGAAGUGAAACUGUGUACCUGUGUUUAUGUAUAAUAUAAUGUGAACUUCUAAUAAUGCUGGCCCACAGUGGUUUACCUUGAAGCAUUGGUGUGACAUAAAUAAAAAAUGAAAUCAGUGGAGAUUCUCACACGGUGGCAUAUUUGAGGAAAUCAUGCAUCGAGACGCGCGUGCUUCGCAGCAAAUCAUGAGGCUGGAGAAUGUCUCAGAGAAUUCCAAUCCCGAGUCCUCGCAGGACGACAUCGAGGAGAAUGUGGCUCUCGUGCCGCGCAGAAAUGAUUUCCUGGCUGUGUCGAUUGACUCGCACAGCAAUCGGAUGCGAGUGGCUCUGGGCGUCCUCAUGAGACUCCUCGUGCCCAUUCUCAACGGCGUGGUGAAGGGCUGGCACGGAAUCCGAGGGAUUCGCGUGCUGCGCUCUCUGCGAAAUCUGCGCUCCAGUCGCAGUCUGCUCACGAAUCUCCUCGCCUUCUCCGCCAACACCGUGUCCAUGAGCCUCUCCUCCGUCCAGGUGGUGCACAAGAUCGAUCCCCUGCUGAAAAUGAUGAAGCUCAGGCGUGGCGCCACGCUUCCCGGACGCCUGCCGGCGCUGCUGCUCGAGGAGCCCGAGAAGUGCGUGACGCUGAACGUCUUGGCUGAGCCUCCGGCUGAUGUGCCCAUCCGCGCGGACGUAAUCUUCAUCCACGGACUGCACGGAUCGCUGGUGAACACGUGGAAGCAGGGCCAGUGGGAUGUGCACGGGAAGCGUCAGAAGAUCCAGCAGACAGUCCAGCGUCCGCCGCGACCGCCCAUUAGGCCGCCAAAGCGCCCCCGACACAGUCACCAGAUUCCACCGCCGCCGCACGUGGCCAAGAGGGCGCGGCACUACUCAAAUCCCCUGCUCAAUGACGAGGAGUUCGAGAACCUCCUGCGCCAGGUGUGCUUCGAGGCGAACUUCGCGCAGUGUCUCGGCGGCGAGAGCGACUGGGAGGACAGGCGUGUGUCCUUCCCCACCUUCCGGACGCGCUACUCCGAGGAGGACGUGCGAGAGAGUCCAGGAACGCCGCCUGGAAAGCUUGAGGAUGCGUCUGGUGAGCCGUACAGCACGUGCUGGCCUCGCGACUGGCUGCCCGUGAGCUGUCCAGGCGUGAGAGUGAUCGCGCUGAACUACACCACAGAUCCCUACCUCUGGCGACCGCUGUGGGUGCGGAAGCGCAACAGAACGUCCCUCGUGGAGCGCUCCAGGGAGAUGACGGAGCAGCUGAUUCAACAUGGUGUGGGCGUGGGGCAUCCGAUAGUGUGGGUGGGACAUUCCAAGGGAGGCAUCUUCAUCAAGCAGAUCAUCGUGGAUGCGUGGGAGAGUGGGCGUGUUGACAGAGCACCUCUGUGGCAAUCUAGUCGAGGAAUCCUAUUCUACUCUGUGCCACAUCGCGGAAGCUCCCUGGCAGACUUCAAUCUGCCUCUCCUCCGGCAAUCCGUGGAGCUGCUGGAGAUUCAGAAGAAUUGCCAGAGCAUCCUGGAGUUGCACAGACGCUUCCUGGCGCUGUAUCGCGGCGGUCAGUUGCGGAUUCGCGUGUUCAGCUUCAUCGAGACGGCGCUCACGCUCAUGUCUGUGCUGUACUUGCGAAUUGUGGGUGUGGACUCGGCGGAUCCGGGCAUUGGCGAGGUGUGCGGUGUCCACCUGGAUCACCGGGAGAUCUGCAAGCCGCGCAAUCGCAACUGCAUCCUGUACACUGAACUCACCAAAAUGAUCAACAAAGUCAGUUAAGCGGAAGUAUUCUCCCAAUAGCGUUGCUAAGGCAUUCAAUGUGAUUAUUUUAGAUUUAGGUAGAUAAUUUUCUCAAAUUGCGACUCAGCAAGCUUAGGUGAAUAAAUAAGCGAAGAGAAUCCUUCGAAGAAGCAUGCCAUUUAAGGUGAAGAAGAAUAACAAGGUAAUCCAAGACCUGAAAAACUGCUUGAAAGGGACAAAUAAACGGGCAAAGUUCAAAUUUCCACAACAAAAGACCAUGAAAAUGACCCCAAAAUGACCUGAGAUAUCAAAGAACUUAUUUACAUAUUCCAAGUAUAAAUAUUCAUAGUAUUUUGAAAGUUUUAUCAAUUAUUAUAUAAAUUAUUCGCAGUAAACUGAUAACUUUCAUUCUAUACUAAAUCCUUCCCGCUAAAUACCCACCAAUUAACUCUUAAGUCACAAAAGCAGUGUUUAAGUCUAUCAAGAACUCAGUGUGAAUGCGCCUGACUUGCUGAUUAGAUUCUUAGCCAAACAAUUGUAGGAUGAUAAAAUAAAACUUAUGGGAUAAUUAAAUUGAGA